GUCCUCUUCCUCUUCUUCUUCUUCCAAUUCCAAAGCAAAAUGAAGUUUAGCUUUGUGGCUUUGGUUGCGGUUGUCGCUGUGCUGUCGUCUUCGGCGGCGACUGCGCAUCCCGUCCAAGCGACUGAGGUGCCGACGCAGAUCCGUCUUGCGUUUGCUGGCGUCGGAGGCAUGACCGUCUCGUGGUACACGGCAAACCAGCCCACUGCAACCCCGUACGUCACGUACGGAACGAGCCCCGUUGCCCUCACCUCGCAAGCUCAAGGCUCAUUCACCACCUACGGCACUGGCUUCUUCAGCAACGUCGUCAUCACUGGCCUCGCUCCCAAGACCGUCUACUCGUACCAGAUUGUCGGUGACAUGCAAAUCCGCAACUUUACCACUGCCCCGCUGCCCGGCGACACGACCCCGUUCACCGUCGGCAUUGUCGGCGAUGUCGGCAUCGUCCACAGCCCCAACACGAUUUCUGGUCUUGCUGCCCAUGCCGUCGACACCAACUUUUACUGGCUGAUUGGAGAUCUCUCGUACGCUGAUGACUGGAUCCUGCGCCCCAUGUCCGACUACGAGGGCUCGUGGAACAAGUGGCAAAACAUGAUGAUGCCCAUGACCGCCAACCUCGCCACCAUGGUGCUCAGCGGCAACCACGACGUCACCUGCUCCGAGGCCACCCCGUUCAUUUGCCCCGAGCACACCCGCAACUUUACGGCCUACCUGCACCGCUUCCGCAUGCCCUUCGCUGAGUCUGGCGGCAUCAACAACCUGUGGUACAGCUUUGACUACGGCAUGGUCCACUUUGUCUCCAUCAGCACCGAGACGGACUUCCCUGGCGCGCCCGAGGGCCCUGGCUCUUACAUGAACGCUGGCGGCUUUGGCAACCAACUCGAGUGGCUCGAGCAGGAUCUGGCCCGCGCUCACGCCAACCGUGCCAAUGUCCCGUGGAUUAUCGUCGGCGGUCACCGCCCCUUCUACUCUGCUGGUGAUGCUUGCGAGGCCUGCCGCAAGUCGUUCGAGCCCCUGUUCCUCAAGUACAAGGUUGACAUGUUCCAGACUGGCCAUGUCCAUGCCUACGAGCGUCUCUACCCCAUGGCCAACAACACGAUCGUGUCCACCAACUACAUCAACCCCCCGGCCCCUGUUCCGAUUGUCAUUGGCUGUGGUGGCAACGUUGAAGGCCACCAGGCAAUCACCAAGAAGAACUUUGAUGUCGUGAUCAACGAUACCGACUACGGCUACGGUCGUCUGACUGUUUACAAUGCCACAACUAUGCAUUGGGCGUUCUACAAGGCCGAUGAUGGCAGCAUCCUUGAUGAAGUUACCGUCGUCAAGACUCAAUAAGUUUUUUUUUUUGUUCUUCCCUCCUUACUGUGCAGUUACUCUAUGUUUUUUUCCCUCUUGCUCUUUUGUUUUUCCCACAUUCUGCCACACUCUCUCUGGACCGUGCGCGAAUUUGGGACGCCGUGUGUUGUCGAACUUGUCGACAAACGUGCCGAGCAGUAUUAUUCAUGUCUUUAUCGCUUCUUCCUGCUUGUUCUGUGCGUCAGUUCUCGGCAUGUCCAGCGUGGCAACCGCCACUGAUGAUUGCAAAUACAAUGUUUCAAAGGUUUAGACA